AUGCGUGCGAAGUCACUGUCACAUCACAAACGGCCUGUUUCUGUGUUGAGCACUCGAAGUGUGUCGCGCGCACCUCGCAGAUUAGUGCGGGGCAGAGAUCGCGAUCCAAAUCAAGAUUACGUUCGAUCCUUGGUGGCCAAUCUCGAGUGCAAGAAUCCUCUCGAGCUGACCACGGCGAUUCGAGAGCUAACAGAUAUUUAUGUGUCUAACAAGUAUUCAGAGGUCUUUUUCUCCCGCGACGUGCCUACUAAAGUCUUUAAAGCAACCCUCCAAAACAGUCACAACGCUAAGAUAUUUGCUCUUGGGAAAACGUUUUUAAAAUGCUUCAUGGAGUCUUGCGCCUCGCAGUCUUCUUAUAUAUUUGCGAACCUCAGUAUUGAUUCUAAAGAAUAUAGUAGAACCAAGUGUCUAGAUUCUCUUCUCAAUUACAUUAUUUCACAGCUCAGUGAUAGUGAAAUGUUAUAUAGUAUUUAUUUCUAUGUGCUUGUGGGGGACAUAAUCUCAACACAUCACGCUUGUGUGCCAUUCGUGCACACACUAUCACCAAUUCACUUCAUUCAGGUGUAUCUCAACAAGGUGUGUAACAACCUCGAUAUGUGCUCGCAGACAACCAACUCUCUCUCCAUUGUGCAGUUGAAUCAAAUACAUAGGGGCCGCGGCAAUGCCAAGGACGGUGACACCAGCGAUGGUAACGAAUCGACCAACUCCGGGAUGACAGUAGCCUCCAGUCUUUCUCUCGACGAGGAUUGCACUAUGCCUACGGUUUGUAAGCAGUUGGAUGAUGCGCUAUCGGAGAUCUCGUCAGCACGGAGCAUUCUCUCUAACUUUGCUGAGACGGUGUUUAGUAAUUCUGUUCCAGGACAAAAAAGAAAACUGCGAAAAGAGACCGCCUCAUAUGGCAAGCUUCCUUUGAUUAAUACUGUUCGCUCGGAGGGUAGCAGUAUGGUGUCCGACCGCUCAUCCAUCGAAAUUAACAACAGUCAGCACUUGGACUCUGAUGAUAACGAGGAAGAAAGUGGCUAUUAUUCUCAGUCUAACAAUGGUGACUCUAAUACCAACUUAAAUAGUGACAGAUCAAGAGACUUUGGCGAGGAUUUGUUCGACGAAAACGAUAGGGAGGAGCGACAACCCACUCCACUUGACCACCAAGAAUCAGCAGUCUUUGUCUCACCACGUACCUGCAAUCAAGAACCUAGUCUACACGGCACACAGGCAUCCACUGAAUUGGCUAAAGACUUACAAAAACAAAGUCAUGCAGGAGUGAAAGAGCCAUCUCAAGAUGUGAAUAUAAGAAAUCACUCAAGGUCUUCUUGCAGCAGAAGCAGCGCGUCAUUUUGUGAGAAGGAUCGCUUGCUAGAGCUCCCAGCGCUAGGUGAUUGCAUUCCUGAGAUCCCACAACCAGAGCAUAAGGAUGAGAGCGUCAGGGGACGACCACCUGUCACGAGAGGAGUCAAGGUCAGACUCCCCCCUAUGGUGCAUGACCAACGGAAUACCUCGAAAGAAACUGGAGCUUACGACCCAUUACUAAAUGACGCGCUUACCCAGGAAUCAUCUGCGUCUGCGAUUCUAACGCCAUUUAACUUGGGAACUAUAUCGGAGGCCAAAGUCUCGUCUGCCGAGCUACAGAUGGUGCAAGGAGAAGAGGCUCAAUCCGUCCUAGGCUCUGCAGUCCCCGUUCUUAACCUUCACUUGCCGUUAGCUGUCAAUCCUGAACGAGAUCCUGUUAAUGAGAGCUCGUCUCCUGCACGGCAAGUGCUCACAACCGCGCGGCGACAGUCUAGGUAUAUGAUUCACAGCACUCAAGCUGGUAAGGGGCGAACGAAUGCUGUUGCCUAUGGGCAAGCUUCACACAACAGAGCCGUCGCUCCUGGGGUCAAGAAUCGCUCCUCCUCAAACCUCCUCAUCCCGCCUUCCACACCAAAUGGAACUCUUUCUAACAUCGGGGAGCCAUUUUCUGGAGCAGCUCGUCAAUUUUACCCGCAAAAGGACAAGUCUGCUGACUUUACACAUGCGGAGCAAAUUGAGAAGGUCGAAAGACGUGCAAUCUGUGGCCCAUUGGCUUUGGCAUCUAAAACGAAACCUUGCAGGCCCUCUAUCGUUCCGCUUCUAUCACUGAGUUGUCCAGCUCAACAAGAGAAAGACCCUCCUGAAAUUACCACCCAAUCAACACCAAAGCUUUCUCAACAAAAGUUUCCCGGUCUCAGUCUAGGAUUAUCCUUAGAUUUGAAGUCUGUUCACAAUCGGGAGAGUACAGCACCUUCUAUGAGUCAUCGAGGACAUCCAGGACGAUUCGGUGACACAGAUUCUCCUGCCACUGGUCAGUCCUACACCGGACUUAAUCAGGAGACGGCCGAUUUUGUGUUUGAUAAGUAUCUUCAGGUUCUUUCUGAACGGCGGAAGGGAAUUCCGGAACUCGUGGAUGUUGCUAACCGUAUUGGCGAGUAUACCUUUAUGCGGGACUAUCCCCUGCUAUGUUCUCUCAGUCGCGAUAAAACCUAUUCACACGGGUCCGCGAACUUAACAGCGCGUUCCACACACAGUAGCCUUUCAGUGUUGACUACAUCUACUUCCCAAGCUGUUCAGGCGAAUUACAUCGUCAAUCACCUCUAUGUAACCCAUAACUAUUACACUUAUUUAAAGGAACACAAAAGACGAUACCUUCUCUACAAGCUAUUUGGUUCCACUCAUACCAGGGAUUUGUCUGACUAUGAAUUUAACUUCUCUAUUAUGUCAACCGAGCUUUUGCCCCUGGUGCGUCUUCAGAGAGUGGAUCUAUCUAGGGAGGAUGUCAUUCGCCUCGGUGUUAGCUAUAUUCUCUACCACUGCAUCAGGAACCUUUCAAAUAUAACGCUGAGGUACUUCCCCAAUAUCCUGCCAAGCAUAUGCACAGACCUUAUUUCACUGCAUCAGCGUAAGACUGGCUUCAUACCUGCAGUGGUUCUAGCGUUGUCAACCCUCGUCAACCAAAUACACAGCGCAAGCCAAACGCGCAUAAGAUCAGACUGGAUGCGACUAUUGUUUAAGAUGUAUAAGUAUGCUAAGCUUACCUAUGACUACAUAGAUGUGGACACGGGGGAGUGUGUGCCUGAAAGUGAGCUGAAUGUCUGCCACGGGGGCGUAGAAGUCACAACUGAAACUAUGCAGGAAAACUUUCUAGUGGAGAACACUGUUUCCCCGGCAACAGGCCUGCCAAAGCGAAAGAUUGGAAAGAGGCAUGCAGUAACUCUUCCAGACGACAUGUUCUUACUCCAACGCCUCGAGGCUCAGCGGCGCAUGUACUGCAUAGAUAUGUAUACUCUGUCUUUGCGGUUAAGUACUUUAGUAUUGAUGCCUUAUUCCAUCUCUGCUUGUGAUGAUAUCGCAUGUUACUUGGCAGUCAUUGCUGACCGGCUGGCCACUUCGCAUGCAAACCCGAUGGUGCGGGGGCUUGUGACAACGGCGCUUCUUCCAUCGCUUCUAAAAGUCGUGGAACUCUUUCAGACAAGACGAAUCAAUUCUCGCCUUCACUAUAUUCUUAUUGUCCAACGAAUCCUUGAAGUUAUGAGCCUGCUAGCGUCGGACUCUUUUGUUCGUGCCCCUAGCCUUGUGACAUCCCCUGAGCCUCCGGUGGUUAGAGCAUUGGUCAAUAACAACGUCUGCUACACCACCGAUCGAUCAAUGCAGAACAUUGAUAACAUGCUGUGCGACGCGCUGGUGUUCAACGAGACUAAUCUUAAGUGGCUAAGACGCUAUAGCUGUCUGAUUUUCCUAAACACACGCAUAAAGGAUGAGCUCUCGGGAAUGUAUUACAGCAAGCCUCAGUGUCAGCACUCCUUUGAGGUCUACAAGAUUAAGUUCUCCAAGUAUAUUAUCACCAUGAUUAGACUUCUCCGGUACCACUUCCUCAAGGUGGCUCAGCAGCUCUCCACAAACACAAAAUUAGAGACCACAAAGAUGUUCACUGCUGCAACUCAUAAUAGCACCCACAGCUCUCACAUCGCUUCGCGCCUGGUUGAUAGUACGAGAAGGCAAAGCUUUAAGCUAGCAACGAGCUCGUUCCAUGCUCCAAUAUAUAUCACCAAAUAUGCCAAUCUACCAGAGAAUGACUAUCCACGAGGAUUGAAGGAGAUUGCAGAGUACACUCAGGAGACACGGCUGAAGAAUUUACCUAUGACUUCGCUGGCUACCUUGUGCACUCUAGAGAGCCAUGCCAAUAUUUUCACAACGGCACGACUGGACCACAUCCCCCUAACGCGCUGUGAUGAAAGUCAUCGUUUUAAUGUGAAGGAGCUUCUCAGAAACAACGACUGCCACAGUAUCAUCGGCACAUGGUCAUUCUUAUUUGACUUCGAAACAGGAGUUUUCCCACAGUAUCUUAUGCUGGCCAAAAAUGGCUCGGAUGUUCAGGUUCAGACAGGUGGUGUCAACUUCUCCAAACACUUGGGGCUUUUUGACGAUUCUGACCUUCUCAAGGCUAUGCCAACCGCAGAGACGGUGGCAGAGGCCCGAACUCAGCACACGUCAGCAAAGGAGCUCCUGACAGAGCUUUCCAAAAAUGCGCUCUCUGCACCUACAAGCAGAAAGUCUGUCCUCUACGUCCUUUAUACGCUCGCUGAGUUCUUCGCCAUUGAAAACGUUGAUCUUUAUAUAAAGCCUACAGACUUGCGAAAAUUCAUAUCGUUUCAUUACAAGUCGUUCUUGAAGCUGUACAACGACUGUGAGGUAGAUCUGAUUGAAUGUAUUUUAAGUACCAACAACAGCGUGAGUCUUCUCGACCUGUGCAAUGGGCACCUCAAUGUACUUUGCUCUCUCAUUCAGAUGGAUUCUCCAAACACCCGGCAAUAUUUCUAUGAACUUCGCAUCAUGCAAUUUCUUAUUCUGCAGCUGUCAGUCGACAAUAUUGAUCAGAAUAGUGGCUGGCAGAGAACAAUUGCAGAAAGCGACGCUUCUACACUCCAGAAGAUAAACCUUGCUAAGGCAGAGGCCGAUAGAGAAUGGGCUAUAAAGGUGGCAUCUGCACAAGCCCAAAAAUUGCUACCUCCUAUCUCUAUGCCAUAUUUACGGUCUGAUAACCCCACAGCCACUCAAGAUCAGGCCAAGAAACCUUCGGGAACCAGCCCCACCAAGACUAGUGUGUUCUUCAGCACACCGACACGUCCUUUGAAGCAAACUGCUCAUAGUACCGGAUCUCACAUUCUAGCGAAUAAGGAUUAUGAACUGGGUGAUCUCAGAGCCAAUGCUAACGCAGUAUCUAGUAUGAUAGAGGAAGAUGUGGAAGACAAGGUAGUAACUACCGUAAAUGGGAGUCAGGAGUCCAAGAAGAGUGCUGCAACGUCACUUUCCACUAAGCCAUCAGUGUCUGCAAUCUUAACCCCUGGAUUGGAAACCAAGCUGAUCACAGACAACAGCUCCACAAUGGACCUAUUGGAAAAGUCAGAGAUCACCGACUGCAACAUCAGCGAUCAGCUGCAAGCGACAGCAAAGCAAAAGCAACCAGUUGAGGUAAUUAAUGGAGAUGCCAUUCCAUCUAUAGACACUCUAUUUGACUAUCAUGGAUCUGCUGUCAUACACCCCCUAAAGCUCCCCAGCACGGAAUCUGAAUUGAUGGGCUCUCAGCAGUGUACUGACAGAAAAACACCAUUAGAGGGCAUCAAGCACAAGAGUAGUCUGGUGAUCACUGCAGUUCCAAAGCGCUCAACCCACAUUUACGACGACGAUGACAGCGAUAGUUGUUGGGACGACGAGGCACAGAAACGCGGCAUAGAGUUGCCAAAACGAGACUCUAAACAGCGGAGGGCUAACGAGCUGGAGCCACCUAAGGCUGAUAAGCCCAGUGACGCCUACUCAUCUCAUGGAGACUCAAGUUUUAGUGACUCUAGUGACCUACCACGAGCUCCUCCUGCCACUGUGCCCAAGACCUUCGGAUUCACUCUCAAAUUACCAGCCGUUAAGGUUUCAAUCGAUAAGCAGAACGUAGUACUGGAAAAGGAGUCCAAUUCUCAGAACAUAGCUGGUGGCAUUUCACAGUUUGAAGCCGCUGCCGAUUCCCUAAACCCCAAAUUCCAUUUAGUUUUAGGGAAUAGAAUCGCAGCCAAACUAGAAACUGCACACUCUCUUCCACUAGCCACGGAAGGUUGCCAGGCUCCGGAGCCGGUUUUAGAAGUGGAGCAAACAGAUACUGAGGGUUUGAAACAGGGCAAGCAGAGGCAAAAGCAGCCAAAGGCAACCAAGUCAGUGCUUAAGAGGACCAAGUCCACCUUUUCUAGCAGUAUCAGCCUGGCUGGCUUUACCUCUGAAUUUGUUCGCGAUACCGAUGCGAAAAAUAACAAGGAACAGCAGCGCUUUCUUACUCACAGCGCAACCGUGGCAAAGCUCAGUGCUCAAAAUCGGCAGACGAGCACUGCCCAGGGUAGUCCAGACAAAUGUCGCAUCCAGCCGGUUUUACAGCAUGGAGUACAGGAUCCUCUCCUCGUUGCUCAAGAGUCGACGCUCUCCACGCUCUCCGGUUACAGAGACUUUGAGCAUGGAAAUCCAUCAGAGCUGGAGGCCUCUGAUCUUUUGGAGUACUCUCAGGCCAGCGCUUCAAUAGAAAAGGCGCUUCACCGACCAUUAUAUAUCCACGAGGAGCUACACUAUACUAUUCUGCGAAUUGUUUUGCUAUUGAUCAUUGUCCCCGAGACUGGUACUCUCGAUCCGAUGUACUGUUCCCAGUUUCCAGCCAAUGAUGGCAUGCCAAACAUUCUAUGGAUCCUUCACCACCAUCUUAAUCAUCCGAGAAACGAGAAAUUCGCCCUUAGGUUAAUAUCUUCCGACAUUUCACCUGCUGCUAAGCGUCUCUUACGCCUCACCUGCUAUACUCUGUUUGACUCUACCUUGUAUCCCAUCAAGGACGCCACUAAGUUUUCACUCAUGGCACAGGGUGCCUAUGGAUCUGUUUAUUCUGGGAAUGUAUCGCUGGUUACAGAGGACAAUCAGACCAACCAAUCAUUCCUGACUCCAGUAGCGGUCAAAAUCCAGGACAGAUCGAAGUCAAUUUAUGACCGGUGCGUCCUUCACGAUAUCUUUAACGAAAUAACUGUAAUGGAACGGUUAGCCAAUUAUAGCGGAGUUAGUCGAAUGUAUGAUUACGGAGUUACGAAGGAUGGAUACUACAUCAUCAUGCACAAGUACGUUACCAGUCUCAGGGAUCUCCGUCUCAAACUCUUCGACGACCCAGCCACACUGCAAUCCAACCAAUUGCUGUAUCAUCCGGAGCCAAAGUAUAAGCAUCUGCCUAUAUACGGCCACGAACUGUCUUACAUGAAGUACAUCAGAAUCUAUCUUCUGAUAUUCAUAAAAUUCCUCCGACACCUUGAGUACCUACAUACUGCUGGAGUCAAUCACUAUGAUAUAAAGGCCGACAACGUAUUCUUUGAUCCCAGAACAGUUCAGUGGUACUCUAAACUAGCUAGACUGGAUGAAAAUAGCAGGCCUGCCGGUACUGUUGACACUGGGACGCCUAUUACAAAGAUUUUCCUUGAUAAGAUCUUCACCGAUUACCAGGCUGUACCAUCGUACGAACUGCUUCCUUUUCGCAUUGCAAUAGCGGACUUUGGAGAGUCGAUGGUCUUUUCAGAUGAAGAGAGCUCCUACACACUCAUCAAUAAGGGGACAGAAUAUAAUAAAUCGCCAGAGAUGCUGCUCUCGGCAAACAUGGUAGCCCAAACCCGGUCUAACUUUGAUCGGCGUCGUCCAAAGGGCGCUGGAAGCUCUUCAGACAUCUGGUCUGCUGCAUGCUUCCUUUACGAGCUAUUGACAGGUGACAUCUUGUUCUUUGACUCUGACUGGAUCCGCUUCUUUAUCAGAGUCACGAAGGAUAGCUAUCAGAGCAACGUGCGAGCAAGGGCACGUGACAAGUCAGCUGCCCAAUCAUUUACAUUUGAUCAUUCAGGCAAGUUUGCUCAGCUUUACAGGGGAGUUUCGCUUUCUCCAGAGAAGAAGGCCAUGUUGGGGAACUGCCAGCCAAUAAUAGACCUUCUUGAGUUUUGCUUGGUACCAAACCCUACUCUGCGCCCCCAAAUAAGAGACGUUAUCGCCAUGACCGAGCACAUAUUAAAGGUCUAUUUUCCAGAAACCUACAUGUAUAAGCCCGAGUGUUACUAUGUGGAGCCGGCGAAGGCGGAGCCAUUCAUCAGUAGCAGCUUUUGUUUCAGCAUUAUCGGAAGUGUUAAUGACUGCCUGGUCAAUCCUAGCGAUGCCCUUGCACCAAAGCUUUCUAUUGUCAAAAAGCAAUGCGAACAAUCCCCGAACUCUGUACAGAAGCAAUUGGAGAGCCAUGCUGCUAUACCCAGCUACCUUCUUGCGACGGCUCAGCUCACUAGCCCUGUGUUGGGUCAACCCUGUGCCACGCUUCCUGUCAAAGUGAUGCCUCCUGCCACUAAUAUUAUAGAUGGGUUUCUGUGGAUAGGGUCUGUUUCCGUCUUGCGGCAUGCAGAGCAUCUUCUGGCAUAUAACGUUACGUCUGUGAUUGAUUGCCUAACGACCUCUCUAGAGCAGUCCAUGGAGACCAAGCGAGUUAUAGAAAUGACCACUAUCCACUAUUAUAAGCUCCCCCUUGUUCUCACACAAAUUAUUAAUCCCACGUCCAACAAGACGCUCUUUCUGGGUUCUCCUCGCGAAAGUACUCCGGGUUUACCUAAGGCAGAGUUCCUGCGAUACUCAGCCGCCCUGGACAGCGUGCUGGACUUCCUGCGCAGAACGGUCACCCAUGGAGGCAGGUGCCUGCUUUACGACGAGAACGGUACCGGCCUCUCUGCUGCAGUGGCAAUAGCCAUGCUCGUGGAAUUUAGAUCUCUGUCUCUGUUUGCUGCUUACCUCCACGUCAGGAACCUCAGGCCUCACAUUGCACCUCCCCUUCCGUUCUUAGAUUUCCUGCACUACUGGUUCUUAUUCAGAGUUCGACCAGGAAUUAAGAACAAAGACUUUCUCUAUGCGAACUCUUCGUACUUCAGACAAAUUCUUUUCAAGCCUACACCGACAUUUGAGCAACUUAUUAAUCUAAGGAUCAGUAAGGCGCGAUAUCAGUGUCUUUGUGGCAAGAUCUUCUUUAUAGUCAAGCCAGACGUGAAGCGGAUGCCGACAUUUGUGCUUUGCAACUGUGCAUAUACACCGCAGCUUUCCAAGGACUCCCCAGGAACACCUGGAAAGGCCCUGAGCCAACCAGCCUGUCCUACUCUAUCGUGCCGAUCCAUAAUCAAUCUAUUCAUGUCUAUUUACGGAUUGCGUCUCGGACGAAUCCUUUGGGCCUUUCUUCCUGCUCGAGACGUUGUCUCUAAUUGGAAGACAGACACGAUGGGAAUAAGGAACAUUCCCUCAACACCCCACGCCAUCGAGAGAGCCUCAGCAGACAUGUAUAACAAGUUUACGGGCCUCGACAAUAUGCGCGCUCCAAUCAAUCGCAUACCCCGACAGAGAAAUUGGGAGCUCUAUUACUGCAAGAUUUGCGGGCUGGUGACCCAUGCUGCUGAUGCUUCCUCUCCAGAUGCAGUACAGCUGGCUAUUCUGGCAAACUUUUCCCCGAAGUGA